GAGAGAGAGCAUUGAAAACAGAUCACCGGGGGUCUCGCCGCAAACAGUCGCGCUCCCAAACUCUUCUGUUGUUUCUAUUUCCCAAACUUCUCCGAUGAUUCUGCAGAAGAAAACUUCCUUCGUUCGCUCUCAGUGAUGGACCGUAAAAGUUAGAAGAAGAAUCCGAGAGUGUCCGCUGAACUUUCGCCGAACGCUUUCCGCGCAGAUCUUCGCUCGGGUUUUUGAUGGAUGUUCGCGGGACGCGCUUCUGUUUUCUGGAGCCAGAAAGUUGAAGAAAGAGUUUGAUCGUGUUUGUGCGAGUUUGGAGGUUUGAUUCACUCUUCAGAGCUGAACACAUCAGAAUGGAGGCCAGCGUUUCCUCCGCCGCAGAGAAGAAGGACUGUAAGACGUCGGCUCUGGAUGGACACAGCUUCAGCGAGCUGCCCAAAAAACCUUCCCCAUCAUCCCUGGCCAGAGGCCCUCAUCACAUCUUCCCGACUUUCCAUUCUCCGAUCCCCAUCGACGUGCGUCACCACGAGGGGAGAUACCACUACGAGCCCCAUGCGCUCCACGCUCUGCACGGUCCUGCAGGUUUGGCGGGCAGCCCGGUGAUCUCUGACAUCUCUCUGAUCCGUCUGUCUCCGGGAGCCGCCGGCGAGUCCAGCUUCCUCCCGCCGCACUCUUACGUCUCUCCACACGUGGAGCAUUACCUUCGCUCAGCGCACAGCAGCCCCACGCUCUCCAUGAUCUCAGCAGCCAGAGGACUGAGUCCAGCCGAAGUGGCUCACGAGCAUCUGAAGGAGCGAGGUUUGUUCGGUUUGCCCCCUCCGCCUCCCGGCGCGACCCCCGCAGACUAUUACCACCUGAUGACGGGACACAGGAACCCGUACGGAGAGCUGCUGAUGCAGGGGGCCGGAGCCGCCGCUCACCUGCCCGAAUAUUUCACUCCGGUGGACGUGUCGCGGUUUCCCAGCCCUCGUCUGACACCGCGUUUGAGUCGGAAGCGAGCUCUGUCCAUCUCUCCGCUCUCAGACGCCAGCAUCGACCUGCAGACCAUGAUCCGCACCUCGCCCAACUCUCUGGUGGCCUACAUCAACAACUCUCGCUCCAGCUCGGCCGCCAGCAGCUCUUAUGGACACCUGUCCGUCGGAGGCAUCAGCCCAAUUUUUGGCCCCAACCACAGCUCACAUCGUUUGGGUUAUCGGAAUCUGUUGUUCCGGUGGAGUGUCCUCAGUGCGUUUGGACACACGCCGCCGCUCCUCCAGCCGUCUCCCAGCUUCUCCAGCAGACCCCCGCUGAGCCUCUCCUCCCUGCAGACGCCCUCCGCCAGAGACCCCCAGACCCUGAACACAAAUGGCGACUCUGCAGUCAGCAGCACGGUAAACCCCCUGAACAACAAGAGGUCAAAGGUCAAGACAGAGUUGGACGGGCCGCGACCUGUGUCUCCUUGUUCUCCGGACCAUCUGGGCGGCGCAGUGGACCUGAAGGAAGACUUGGAUGACUGCAAACAGGAGGCUGAGGUGGUGUACGAGACCAACUGCCACUGGGAGGGCUGCAGCAAAGAGUACGACACGCAGGAACAGCUGGUGCAUCACAUCAAUAACGAACACAUCCACGGGGAGAAGAAGGAGUUCGUGUGCCGCUGGGAGGAGUGUUCGCGCGAGCAGAAGCCCUUUAAAGCGCAGUACAUGCUGGUGGUUCAUAUGCGCAGACACACUGGAGAGAAACCACACAAGUGCACUUUCGAGGGCUGCUCUAAGGCAUACUCACGUCUGGAGAAUCUGAAAACACACCUACGCUCACACACCGGAGAGAAACCCUAUGUGUGUGAGCACGAGGGCUGCAACAAGGCCUUCUCCAACGCCUCGGACCGAGCCAAACACCAGAACCGCACACACUCCAACGAGAAACCCUACGUGUGUAAGAUCCCGGGCUGCACGAAGCGCUACACCGAUCCCAGCUCGCUCCGGAAACACGUCAAAACCGUCCACGGCCCCGAAGCUCACGUCACCAAGAAACAACGCGGCGACCUGCCAUCCCGACCUCAUCCGCCCAAGGAAAAUGGAGAGAACGAAGCGGGGACCAAGCUUUCAGGCCGAACGGCGGAGGAGAAGCUCGAAGCCAACAGCACGACUAGAGGAGUCGAGGACUAUCUGCAGGUCAAGUCCAUAAAAACAGAGAACUCUAUGAUGCAUCAGUCCAGCCCUGGUGGUCAGUCAUCAUGUAGCAGCGAGCCGUCACCACUUGGCAGUGCCUCCCACCAUGACGGUGGAGUAGAGCCGAUGGGACUCAGCGGGGGCAGCACGGGAGAUCUGAGCACCCUGGACGACGCGCCCCUCAUGGAUUCCACCGUCUCCACAGGGAUGUUGGGCCUCCAUCUUCGGAAGAACGCUAGCCCUGCUUACAGACUCGCGCACCUGAAGCAGGAAAGGCUGAAGUCGGUGAGGGACUCGUGCUCCUGGGCAAACCCAACUCCUCCUGCCCCCAGCACCAAGCUUCCACCCAUCAAUACUGGUUCUUUAUUGGAAGGUUCUGGUGGUCUGUGUGAUCCAGGGCUUUCCAUCUCCAGCCCACGCUUGGGCGACCUUUGUCCUGGAGAGACUACGGUUCUGAGUCAGCUGGUGGAGCGUCGUGACAGCCUAGCCAGCACCGUGAGCUCAGCUUACACCUUCAGUCGUCGUUCAUCUGGAAUCUCGCCUUGCUAUUCCAGCCGCCGGUCCAGCCAAACCUCGCAACCUGGUGGCCGUCUUAACAACAUCAGUUCGGCCGACUCCUACGACCCCAUUUCCACCGAUUUGUCUAGAAGGUCCAGUGAAGCCAGCCAAUGUGGAGGACUCCACAGUCUACUCAGUCUGACUCCUGCCCAACACUACAGACUCAAAGCCAAGUAUGCUGCUGCCACAGGAGGUGCUCCACCCACCCCUCUUCCUAAUAUGGACUGCAUGAGCCUGAGGACUCGAAUGGCCCUGUUAGGGGAUUCCCAUGAAAUAGCCAUGCUCCCUAUCCAUCCCCCUUCAGUUCCCAGAAGGAGUAGUGACACCAGCUAUGCUCACCGUAGUGUCUUGCCCCAUGAGGUGACGGGAAACAUCACUCGAAGAGCGAGCGACCCAGUUAAAAGAGUAGGAACAGAGCAGCAUUCCCUCCAGCAACGUUACUACAGCAUGUCCAAUGUGAACCCCUAUCAGUCGGUACACCCUCCUGCAUCUAGUCGACACUUUUCACAAAUCAACAGCCAGUCCGAGGUUAAUGUAAACCACCACCUAUAUCCACCCCGACCUCCUAGCAUUUCUGAGAAUGUGGUGAUGGAAACCAUGGCCAGUGACAUGGACAAUCAAAUCAAUGGUCUUGAUGAUGUAGUGAUGUUGCCUGAUGAUGUCGUUCAGUACCUUACAUCCCAAAAUGGAGAUUCUGUCCAACAUGCAGGGACCACGUACCGCCACCACCCUGGACAGAACAUCCACAGCUUUGGCUCCCCGCAGCAGUCCCAUUACCAGAGACGCCUAGCCUUGGUGGAGGGCAACAUGAAUGCAGUAACGCGACAAACUGCAGUUCCAAGCUCCCAGCAGACAUUUCCAGGUUCCCCCAGUGACACUAAAAGCCAGAUGCCGGUGCAGUGGAAUGAGGUCAGUUCAGGGACAGUGGAUUCAUCUAACGGCCAAACCAAGCAGGGAUCAGGGAGGGGAGACCUCACCGCACUCCAACAAAAACAAAACCUCGGUCCUUUUCAGAACGUCAACUCCAACCAACAAGUUGGGCUGAUGAGUCACAACCUCACUCACGCUGCCCAGCAGAGUCACGUGCAACGGAAUAGCGAGUUUAAUUCCCAGAGGAUCAACCAGAGGCAUCCGCUAUGCCCGGCUAACACAGAGCAGGCUAACUUUCUGCAUGGUUACCAUCAGGGUUCUGCUUCGAAUGACAUCAGUGUAGAUUUGCUAAGUCCGUCUGGUAAAACGCUGACAGCACAGCCUGGCAGCGUCCAGAAUAACAGGGUACGAGCUCAGCCGGUGGCUAGUCAAAGCAAUCCCACUUUUCCAAAUAGUCAGGGAAAUUAUUCCCAGAUGAACAUCAACCAGCAAGGUUAUGGCAUUCCAGCCCAGAAUCCCACGCUGAACGGAAACCACAGACUGCUACAGCCAAGGCCGCCCACAGAACCCAAACCCUACAGCCGGCAUCUCUCAGGGCCAACAACAACUGCAGCGCAGCAACUUGGUUACCCACAAUCCAACUUUAGCCCCACAUAUGACACCUCCGAAGCCAGUCCCAAAAAAUUGGCCGAUGUGGGUGUCACCCGUACAAAUACCAAUGGCAUGUUCUACACUGGGCAGAUUCACAUGUUCCAUUCCAGCAGUCUGGGAAUGGCAGAUGCAGAGAGCGCAGCCAUGGCUGCUGUGGGCUCCCCUGAAACAAAUCAGGUCUCCAGCACAGUGGAUUCAAAUGGAGCAGAGCAUCCGCAGAUCGACUUUGAUGCCAUGCUGGAUGAUGGCGAUCACUCCAGCCUCAUGUCCGGAACUUUAAGCCCCACCAUCCUCCACAGCCUAUCCCAGAAUUCCUCGCGUCUCACAACACCCAGGAACUCAGUGACAUUGCCCCCAGUACCUGUGGGAAUCGGCAACAUGGCCAUCGGAGACAUGAGCUCCAUGCUGACUGCGCUCGCAGAGGAGAGCAAGUUCCUCAAUAUGAUGUCAUAGGAAUAACAGGAAGUACAAGCACAAGAUUUAAAGAAACAGCUUUUAAGGUGUAUGACUUUGAACAUGGACAAAAUAUUGCAUAAACAUUUUUACAUGCUUUUUAAAAGUUUAUUAUGUAUAGUAUUAGUAUUAAACUUUGGUAGCAUCUUUUUGUUUUGUUCAAGAAGCCAUACUUUGCCUUAGACCAGUGUAUGUACAGCACAUAUGAACAGACAGAGAAUUUGAUAAGCGACAGUCCUGUAUUUUUAUACGACUUCUGAACUGAUGACAUGAACACAGGAACAAGUGCCUCGCUGUGCACAAGCAUAUGCAGGAAUUACAUUACUCUAGCAGUAUGGGACUGUAUCCUUUCUGUCCUCUUCAAUGGAUAUGAAGAGGUUUUGUAUAUUCUGUAAAUUAAAUGUAAUAUUAUGCUUCCUAUCCUUAUUUGUACUAGACAGGAGAGCGGUUCCAAAUAAAUAUGCAGAUAAAAUAUUAUGAAAUGUAAAACUUGACACUUGAAAGUGUAGUUGAGAAUUAGAAAUCCCUCAUUUUGCUUUGAUUUACUGAAGACCUGAAUGGAAUCACAGGAAUCACAGGCGCUCUAAAGAGACUGCGACCCUAAAGUCUGAACCAAACAGCCUGAGCAAACCGCACAACUGAUUAUCUUGGAUUGUUGAACUCAAUAUACAGAAACACAUUUAAACUAUCCUGUUGUACACAGAUUCAUUUAACAAGUCUGGAUCAUGUAGAUAUCUUUUGUACAUUUUUAAUGAAAUACAAUAUUGUUGCUUUUCUACUAGAGUGUUGUUUGCUUCUUCAUUUUAUACGCAAGACGUUCAUGAAGAAUAUUCAACUAAGAGUUUAAUGCCUUUGGUUUUAUGCAGAUCAGUUUACAUUGCAUUCAGUGAACACAUCCAUUCUUGCUUUCCCUGGGAAUCAAACCCAUAACCUUGCCAUUGUUAGCACCAUGCUUUACUGAUUGAGCUACAGGAAUUAAGUGUUAAGUCCUGAGUGUUAAUGGAUGUAGAACGUAAAUGCAAUCUGCUCUUAUCCUGUGCUGCUAAUGCAUUUCCCUUGCUUGUAUGCCACAUGUCGGUCACUUGAAGACAAGUCAGGCAGCAGUCACAUGACUUUAGAAAUUGUUUUUCUUUUCAUUUCAUUGGAGAGCAGGCUACUUUAAGAGAACUGAACACGCGUCUUGUGCAUACUGAGCAGGUUCUGGAGUAAACCACCAUGUUUUCUCAAAUGAACAGUGGCAGACUGACCUCAGAGGAGCGCCUGCCUAAACCACAUAAAACACACACUUGAAGAAGGAAACGGUCCAGGGACGAGGUCUUCAGAGUAAAAGCCUCAGGAACAAAUGGUUUUAUUCUGACAGUGAAUUCAGCCGAGGCCUCGUUUGAUC